AUGGACAAUUGUUCGUUGGCUGAAGAGAUCACCCGUUCCGUUGCACCGAUUUUCAUUUAUUUGGUGAUUGUCAACUUUUGUGUGAUCAUUUCUUGUCUAUAUGUGGCGCUCAAUUUGAUCAGGAAUACGUUAUUUCACAUUCAUCUCCGAAUUCUUCUAAUGAAUGUGAUCAUCGCGAUGCUCUUCCGUACGUCAUUCACCACCUUUCGUGCUUUACUACGAUUGCGUCUUUUGCUCGUUGCUCAAUCUCCCUGUGAUUUCCUUGAAGAACUUUCUUUUUGUAUGGCCAUUUCAUCAAUCACUUUACCAGCUGUUAAAGUGGUCACAUUCACUUAUGCUUUGAUAACUUGUGAACGAGUGAUCGCUUUAUAUUUAGUGGAAACUUAUGAACAAAAGAGGAAUAUUCCACUCGUUUUAAUCAUCGCUGCUUUAUCGUGGUACGGUUUACCGGAAGUUCUCUAUACAAGUUGGAGUGGGUUCUUGUACGGAGAUUCCGGUCGUUUCCUUCCAUAUUGUAGCUCAUCAACAGCCGGCACUGUCACAAUAUGGUUUAUUUUCGAAUGGACGAUUCCUGUGAAUCUUUUCAAUGCAAUUGCUCUAAUCACUCUGCAUUUUGUGCUGAAAAAGAAAGCAAAAUUAUCCCUUCUUUCAACUCCAAUGCUUUCAUCGAGAUAUGAAAUGAGAGCCAGUCUCAAAUCACUCAAAUUCAUUUUGCCAAAUAUUUUCGUGACUUGUGGAGUGAGUUGUCUUCUGCAAGCGAUGACAAUUGGUAUGAUGUUCCCCGCGAUCACAUCUCUUCAACAAGCAGCUAUUAUAAAGGAGCUAUCAUCAGCCAUCAUCAUUCCUUUUCAAUAUUUCUCCUUUUCCAUCAUUUGUUUCUUUCGAAGUUCCGAGUUGAGACCGAGAAAAUUCAAAAGAAAACGAAGAAAGGAAACGAAUCAAUUAUUGGAAAAUGAGAAAAUGGAUCCGAUCUCAGCCAUGGCGAAUAUGCAGAAUUUUUGGGAAAUGCACGAAUUGCAAUCAAAA